CACCGCACGCACACAUGCCUCCAUGGAAUAGCAAGCAGUAUUAUUAUCAAGUUCGUCACCACUACUAUACCCGGUGCAGCAGCUGGGCUAAUUCCCUUUGUUGUCUUUAUUAAUAGAUGUCUAUAUUUUGAGCGCGCAAUCCAUUUUGUAAAAUCCUGUCGAGGAGUCGUCUGCUAUCAGCAGGUCGCACUUUAGUUGUCAUGCAGAUGCAUUUGAACAUUGGACAACGUGUAAUAUGCGUACCCACGUAGACCGGUCUGUUGUUAUAUCUGCACCACAGUAUGCUUUUGGAAUCAACGUCUGACAUGACAGACACUUGCUGUAAUCAUGCAGCUUUCGUGGUGACAUCCGGUCUAUACGAAAGGAAGCAAUAGCUGAACACCAGGUCAUAAACGCACAAACGGGAAAGCGAGUUUCCGGGGCAUGCAUGAAGCUGAACUCAGAGACGAGGAUUCCCAUGGGGAAAAAGGUCGAAACGUGUACGAUUAUAUAACGCUUUUCCAGACUGUGAAAACAUCAAUAAGACAUAUAACAGUAUUACGAUGGAGGAUCAAAUUGUGUAUGAAAAUACAACGCACUCGUCGCCGGGUUCAACACUGAAGUGGACAGUGUUUUUCGUGGUGACGGUUGGAACUGUGAUUUUGGUUACGAGAAGCAGGUUUGGAGCAUUCUACGUAAGGUACUUGACUGUCAUCGCUUCAUAUAUGAUCUUUGGUGUACUCUUCAUCCCCUUGCUGAUGCUGAACCCUGGGAGUCCCAAGAACGCCUGGUGGUUAAUGAAAUACGGGAAGUACUUCCAGUUACCCCUUUGUCGUCUCACCAUUAAACGGAGAGGAUGCUCGUACCCCGAAGGUCCCUUCGUCGUUGUCUGCAAUCACCAAAGCUCUCUAGACAGCCCAAUUAUUCUGCAUGAGGACAUUUGGCCUGGGAAUUGCGUUGUAAUAAUGAAGAAGAUGAUGAAAUACACGGGACCCUUCGGAUUGUGUCUGAUCCUGAGUGGGACGAUAUUUGUUGACAGGAAGGACUCGGCAAGUGCAAAGGACAUGUUACGUAACGCGGUGGAUGCUAUUCAAAAAUUUAAGCGUCGUGUUUGGGUGUUUCCAGAGGGAACUCGCAGACUGAAAUCUCGAAAACAAACAGAUGGACCAUUGCUGCCAUUCAAGAAAGGUGCUUUUAAUUUAGCAGUCCUAGCGCAGGUUCCUAUUGUUCCAGUAGUAUUGUCGUCACAAGAUAAAUUCUUCAACUUCCAUGAAUAUAUAUUCGAACCAGGUGAAGUAACGUCAACAGUAUUACCUGCUAUUCCUACAACUGGUUUGACGUUAGACGAUGUACCAAAACUAGCCGAAGAAGUUCGAGAUAAAAUGAUUGAUGUAUUUUUAAACCAGCAUGAAAAUGGUCAUGUGGUUACAGGGAAUUGCGAAUCCAAACACUGAUUGUUCAAUUUAGAAACUAAACACUAUACUCGUCUUAAUGCUAUCAAUAAUACGGUGCAGGGUUAUGAAAUAUGAAAUUUACAACUGUAUGAAAUUUACAACUGUACUUACUAAGUAUAAUGUAUGGAACGUAUUCAAAGCGCAUUCUGCCAUGGUGUGCUGUUCUCCGAUUCACGAAGAACGACACCGCAUUCCAGAAUUAUCAUUCCACUAUUCAUACAGACAACGACAUAGGGUAGUACACUUUGUAGUUUUGUAUACUUAGUACUACCUAUGUCUCAUGAAGAUGUGACAUGUGCUAUGAACCGUUUUACAAAAAACGUCUACACUGCAAAGCCAAACGGGCUGAGAAUAAACUCUCCAAAUCAGCGAAAGUUGAAAUAUAAUAUUCAAAUUCUUAUACCAAAUCCAUAUUUGAAUGAACUUAAUUUGGCGUGUGAUAAUAGGCCUUGCAUAUCUGGAAGUAAUGUAUGUAUAGCAUCUCAUUUGACGCUUCAUGAAAAGUCAAUGGUAAAUUUUGUUAAGUUCUGCAAGCUAUUUUUUUUUUAAUUUAUAAGUGAGGGACUUUGCUUACAAUUUUUGCAUGUUUAAGUAGAAAGAGAAUAUGAUGACCAUUUCAUUUUUUUAAACGUACACGAACAAAGUACCGUAGGUAUGUAAAAUAAUAAACGGGGGACUGCCCCCCCCCCCCCAUUCCCCUCCCGAUUAACACCCACCCAAUGCCAUGCUUGUAUAUUUUAAGGAUGUGACUAAUGAGGUAUUUGAACAGCGACGAAUGGUCACUACAGAAUAUUUGCUGAUCAAUAUAUCCUCCUUUUUCUCAAACUGCUCACUCACUAAACGUAUCUGUAAAGUACCAGUCUAAAAUACCAGAGUUAUGGCUGUUAUUGACCCUUUGUUGUUAAUUCCUACUCAACGAUACACAUAGUGACUAUUAAACUUACAUGUACAGUAGAGCCCACAUCUCCAUUUAUCUUCAAGCUCAUAAUUUUGCUUACAAACUUGAUAUUUUACUGCGUUAGCCAUAUCCUGCCAUUUCUUUGUAUGAGUUCAACAAAUUGUGCUGUAUUAGAUGAAUUUACAAUAUUCGAAAAUGCAAUCUGAAGCUGUCAAAUUUGUUUGAAUUAGUGACGAACUGACGAUGGAUAUAUGAUUAGUUCUUUCGCUAGGCCUAUAUAUUUUUCGACAGUAUACAUGUAGAUCACGGCUGUAUCACUGCCAAAACGUGUACUAUGAAGUAUGAACAAAGAGCAAGAUAUCAAUUAUAUUAUCCCUCGGAGAGGACCUUAAGCCGUCGGUCCUCUGGUUGCUUGCUUACUUACAAGCGUUCAUGUUUUCUUAGCAAUCAGGUCAAAUAUCACUACCAUUACAAUUAAUGAACACAUAUAGUUGAUUAUUUUUAUGGAAGAGCUUUUACAAAUUAAAAGUAUUAUUGAACCAAAAUGUGGCACUUACAUGUACAUUGGUAUCCUUAUGAAGUGCAUUAUAUUAUCAGUAUUAGUAUUUUAGGGAAGCACAUUAGUAAACUUAAUAAAGGGGAAGUUCACUCUGAGAAAAAAUUUAGGGUAAAAAUAGCAGAAAAAAAUAAUAAAAAAUGUUGCCGUAGGUUUCAGGAAAAUCCAUUAAAGGUCAAAAAUGUUAGAAUUUUUAUUAUUUGGUGACGUCAUUAUGUAAGCAGCUUACUUACAUAUAACAUACAUUGUAAAAAAAUCAAUGAAAUAUCAUUUCCUCAGAAAACUGAAAAUGAUUUUUUACUAUACCUUCAGUAAAUCAAACAAAUUACAUAACAUAAUAGAGCAGCUCUUCGUUUGUGACGUCACAAAUCCAAACCUUAGAAUUUUAAUAACUUUCUUAAUCUUUUUUCCUCAAACGUUCACCAUUUUUCCCUGCUAUUUUUCCAACAAACUUUUUCAGGGUAAACGUCCCCUUUAAUUUUAGCAUUUAAAUUGAAUUUGGGAAUAAGUCAGAUUGACAGCAUACUUUUCUUUUUUGUAUUUAAAUUAUAUCCACUAACGAUAAACCAAUGUAUAAUCUUUGAUAUUAUACCAAAGUCCAAGCUAAACAAAGAUAAGCACAUUCUGAUUUUCACCAUGCAAAUAAAAUCGAUUUUGAGCACCCCCCCCCACAUGUUGGGGUGGUUGGUAGGGUCGGGUCCAAGGCCAAGACUAUGGUGUUAUAGGAUAUGAAAAAUUUGAGUGAACAUGGUGAAGAGGCCGAGGUGUUUGGGGUUUUAUGAAGAUAUUCAAUAGCUUCAGUUCGAAAAGGUUUUAUUAAUGAUUUAUUUUUGUGUAUUUUUUAAAUUUCUGUUUUAUGUUCUGAAUAUAAUAUGACACUCAAAGAUUGAGUACGUUGAGUUUAUUAGGUUUUAUUGUAACAGUAAAGGAAAAAAAAGAGAAAGUGCUAAGUGUUAAAUAUAUGAGUCUUCAAUAAGUUCAAUGUAUCUAUUAAUUUGUAUAGAGAUGAUAUUUUACUUGAUAUAUGUAUUUCAUUUUGUAUGUGAAUUGAAGUUGUUGACAAAAAAAAACUUCUUGAUACAAAAAAAAUGUAACCAACCUUGGUCUCUUCCUAAUUACAUCAUAUAAAAAUGCGUUACAUGCAUGUAUAGAAUACGCAAAAUUAAACGCAUAUUAUUUGAACGCAGUUAGAGUUGUGGGGCAGUAAUCUCGUUUUAUAUCGUAUUUGACCGAUUUGUAAUAGAGAAAGAGUGGUGUACAGAGCAUGUUGAUUUUGAUAAUAUGUAUGUACAAUCUGCCGAAAUGUAAACAAUGCAAAUAAGUAUUAAAUAAUAUAUUUCAAGUU